ACGAUGGAGUAGAGUGAUCUCAGAUAAAUUGGACGAACUUUUCAUAAUCCGGAAGCUAAGGAAAGAGAGUCUCUGGUAAUAGAUUCAGUGUGGUUUGCGGAAGCAUUUCAAGCAGAAGAAACACGUUGUUUGACAGUCUGUCGUGGAGCUUUUGGAGGUGACUCCUAUUUAAGUCGUGGAAACGAGAUUUGUGGCUCUGGUGUUAUUUUCCUUGUUUUUCUUCAUGUUUUAGUUGCAUUGAGCGGAAGGAAACCCGACGGACCUUGCAGUUGUGGAUAAAUUUGUUGCGGAGACAUGGGUACAGAGAGAGGAACACGAACUGUGGCAGAUUCCAUUGGGGCCCUGGAGGUGGAGAAGGUUGUUGGGGCCACUGGAGACCUUAGCAGCGUCCCGUUGAGCACCUUCUGGAAUGACCAGCCCGUUCUCAUUCACGUCCUUCGAAGGUUCGGAUGUCAGCUAUGCCGAGGGGGGGCAGUGGAGAUGGGGAAAAUUUUCCCCGACCUUGAAGCACACGGAGUGCGAAUUAUCGGAAUAGGUAUCGAGAAGGUCGGCCUGGAGGACUUCCAAAAGGGAGGGUUCUGGAAAGGAGAGCUCUACAUCGACAACGGGAAGAAAAUCCACAAAGCUCUAAACAUCCAGAAGGUGGGGAUCCUGAGCUCGGUGAAAAUGAUGGUCUCCAACAAAAGCGUGAAGGACGCCAUUAAGAAGACAAAAGACACACCGGGAGACUUCAAGGGCGAUGGCCGGCAACUGGGAGCCACCUUCGUUCUCGCCAAAGGUGGCGAAACUCUGCUAGAUUUUCGUCAAGAGCAUUUCGGCGACCACCCUUCCAAUGCCGCCAUUCUAGAAGCUCUGGGUUUGGAUUCUUCCGCAGCAAAAGCAGCCCCACCAUCGGAGCCCUCUGUCUGCACCGACACCGUAGCAGCUUCGUAGCAUGCAACUUCACGUUUCUUCUCAAAACUGUAGUAUAGUAGGUCCAUGUUCUUCAUCCCUGAUUGCUUUUCCAUAAGCAUUCCACUUUGCACAUGUGUGUUCACUUCUUCUUAAGCUUCACUCUUUGUUGAAUUCCACAUCUGUGGUUAGUGAGAGUGCUAUUUUUAUUUUGACUUUGAUUUAAUCUAGUUGAUUGUCCUCCUCCCUCUUGGGAUGUGAGUAUCUCCACAA